CAAAAAAAAAAAAAAGAAAAAAGAAAAAAAAAUCACACACAAACAAUAAGAGCAAGUAAGCCUGAGCACUCUAUAUAAUCAGGCUAAGGCAACACUAAUCUCUGACAAGCCUAAAACUCAAGAAAUUAAAGCCUUCUCUCAAAUUUUCCAUGGCCCUAAGUGAAAUGUCGUAUUACCUUCUGUUCCUUAUUUGGUUCAUCACUGCCCUUCUAGUCCACUAUUUCAUCAAACAUGCAUUCUUCAAACCUCCUACCAAACUCCACACUCCACCUAGCCCACCAGCUCUACCUCUUAUCGGCCACCUCCAUCUAAUCGGCUCAGUCCUACCCAGUUCUUUCCAAGCACUAGCUCGUCGCUACGGUCCACUCAUGCAAAUCCGUUUAGGGGCAUCAACAUGUGUUGUUGCCUCCAGUGCUGCUGUAGCCAAAGAAAUUUUCAAAACCCAAGAUCUCAAUUUCUCUUCCAGACCUGAAUUUGGCUCCUCUGAAUACUUCAUCUAUAGAGGAUCAAGAUUUGUCACUGCUCAAUACGGUGAUUAUUGGAGGUUCAUGAAGAAGCUAUGCAUGACAAGGCUACUUGCUGUUCCUCAACUUGACAAAUUUUCUGAUAUCCGUGAUCAGGAAAAGAUCAAGCUUGUCGAAUCGGUGAUGAGAUGUGCUACAGAGGGAAAAAUAUGUGAUUUGACCAGUGAAUUUACUACUUUAACAAACAAUACUAUUUGUAGGAUGGCAAUGAGCACAAGGUGUUCAGGUAGUGAUAAUGAUGCUGAAGAGAUUAAGGGGUUGGUUAAAACUUGUUUAGAGCUUGCAGGGAAGUUAAGCUUAGGUGAUGUUUUAGGUCCUUUCAAGAUUUUUGAUUUCUCUGGAACUGGGAAGAAGCUAGUUGGGGCAUUGAAGAAGUAUGAUAGACUAGUAGAGAGGAUAAUUAAGGAACAUGAAGAGAAGGUUUUGAAAGGUCUUGUUGGGGACAGAAAGGAUUUAAUGGAUAUAUUGUUGGAGAUAUAUAAUGACCCAACUGCUGAAAUUAGAUUGUCUAAAAAUGACAUCAAGUCUUUCUUGCUUGACAUAUUCUUUGCAGGCACAGACACAUCGUCAGCAGCCAUGCAAUGGGCCAUGGGGGAGCUUAUAAACAGUCCAAGAGCAUUCAAGAUACUAAGAGAUGAGAUCAAUACAGUAGUGGGAUCGAACAGGCUAGUCAAAGAAUCAGACGUCCCAAAUCUUCCAUACCUAAGAGCAGUCGUAAGAGAAACUCUAAGGCUUCAUCCAUCAGCACCAUUGAUCAUUAGAGAAUGUGGAGAAGACUGCAAGGUAAACGGAUCAAUUAUUAAGAAUAAAACAAGAGUUCUUGUCAAUGUUUUUGCAGUUAUGAGGGACGAAGAUUCUUGGACUAACCCAGAUGAGUUCUUGCCUGAAAGAUUUAUGGAAAGUUCUGAAGAGAAAAUUGGUGAGCAUCAAAUGGAAUUUAAAGGUCAGAAUUUUCGUUACCUUCCAUUUGGAAGUGGAAGAAGAGGAUGUCCUGGUGCAUCACUUGCCAUGCUGGUUAUGCAUGCAGCUGUUGGAGCAUUGGUUCAGUGCUUCGAUUGGAAAGUUAAGGAUGGUGAUAGAGCUGAUUUGAGCUUAGGGUCUGGAUUUGCUGCAGAAAUGGCUACCCCUCUUGUUUGUUACCCUAUUAAACAUAUGAAUCCAUUUUAAGAACUAUACAUCAUUAAAGUUUCAACAAUAAGCAAGGCCUUGUUUCUAUGGGGGGGCACUACUUGUUUAAAGUGUGUUACAAUGUCAACUACUAGGAUUAGCUUGAGAUGUUAAACUUCAAGUGGUAAUGCUCUUCACUUAUGUUAAGAUAAGAAAUAAGGAAUUGUAUGUUUCGAAGUUCUUUGGCUUAUGCUUUGAUUAUGUUAAGAAAAGAAUUAUGACAAAUAUUGUCAAUAUUAGAAUUGGCUUGUUCGCCUUUUGAA